GAGUAACAAAUAUAGCUGUGAUUGUAGCUUUAAAAUGCUGAUCUUUUUAUGACCACAGUAUCCCCUCAGAGCCAUCCUUUAGACAAUCAUUGGUGUAAAACAAACCGCUGCUGUGCUUCUGUUGCCUCGUGACCUCAUGUAUGUUGUAAACAAGCUCAGAGAGACCAUAUAUAGUUUGAGCUGCAGAUGACUUGCUUUCCUUCUUGUCCAUUACACACUGACCAAAGCCACCACUUUAGUCCUUGCACAUACUACACAUAUAUUUAUACAUAUGGAUAUAUACAUGUAUGUGUAAAAGUACAAGUGACCAUAACUGUGGCCACCUCAAAAAAUCCAUCUUCUUUGUUUUCAUACUUUAAAAGAAAGUCGUUUUUCUUGGUGUGGCUGCUGGAAGAGUUGUGCAAGUAUCCUCACAUGGCAGGAUGAGCGCUGUAAAAUGCUGACAUAGAUUUCCUGUCAGUACACAGUCACACGGGGGAGGUGAAGCUACUUUACACUUCAUAAACUUUGUGGAGGAAUUAGAGGAAGGUUGAACAGCAGAGAGGUAGGGACGUCUUAUUGUACAUUUUUCACAGAAAAAGAACUGCAGCUUUGAUUCAGUCAGACAUGUUUUCCAAGGACUUUUCACAGUAAAAAGAUUUGGCAUUAAAGAAGUCUCUUUCUCCCUGCAUGCUGGUGAAUUAUUACUCGACUCGAGCUGCGUUUGCCUCUUUUACCUUUGCAUAUCCAACAUCCAUAAAUUUCUGAAAUGGCUUUUAAAGCAUUCACACUACAACAAGUCUACGAAAAGCUAGCAGCCUUGAAAGAGAGGGACAAAUCCAGCAUCCAGUGCCUUGAGUGUUAUGACCGAAAUGUGUAUAUAGGGACCAAAGAUGCAACAGUCCAGCACCUCUUUCUUACCCUUGGUACAAAUGGAGACCAGAGCAAAACCAGAGAAGGUAGGGCAAGAAAACUAGGCUCAAGCAGCUCAGUAACCCAACUGAGGGCAGUUCCACUUUUCAACCAUCUGCUGGUCCUGUGGGACCGAUGCGUUACUGCCCUCAACAUGUUCUCCUUGGAGCCUGUUCCUGCUCUGAAGAAAAUCCAGCAUGUGUCUUUGUUUGAACUGUGCGACUCAUCGCUGGCAGCGCAGGCAGCAUGUGUGGAGAUGGUGACGUCCUCCAGCCGCCGGAAAGUGAUCCGGAUCCAUGUGGUGGGAGUUGACAGGUGGGAGGUUGUAAAGGAAGUCCCUCUGCUCCAAGACCCUGUGGCUUUGGCAGUAGAUGGUACAAGUCUGUGCCUUGCCACCAGUGACAGGUAUCUCCUGUGUGAUAUCCAGACUGGGAGCACUGAGGAGCUUUUUCCUCAUCAGCACAGCAGGCAGCAUGCCAUCGUCACCUCAGUGGGUCGAGGGGAGUUCCUCCUGAACGGCCCCGGAUAUUUGGGCAUGUUUGUGAUGAAGACAGGGAUAUGCCAGCGCCCUCCCCUGCAGUGGCCUCAGGAGGUGCUGGCAGCCGGAGUCUGUUUCCCUUACAUCCUAACCCUGCAGCCCCAAAUGCUGUCUGUCUGCAGCAUGUUAGAUCAGCAGCACAAACAGACUGUGAGUCUCAGCGGAGCAAAGGGUCUGAUUUCCACAUCAGACGGCGCGUUAGUGUUCACGGAGAGAGACGUUUUCAGCCUGAGCCUGGUGCCGUUCGAAGAGCAAAUCCAAGCACUUGUAGGACACGAGAGAGUGGAGGAGGCCUUAUUGCUGCUGGAUGGAGUUCAAAGCCAUCGUCCACUUGACUCAUACAAGGAGCUGCAGAAGGCCAUCACUUGCCUGGCUGGAUUUGCUCAUUUUUACCAGGAGGAUUUUUCUGAGGCCAGAGAUUUAUUCAUUAAAGGUGAGCUGGACCCCAGAGAAAUCAUCCGCCUCUAUCCUGGCAUGCAGCUGUGUCUCGGCGAGGACUUUCAAUCUCAUCUUGAUCAAGUGAACAAGUGCAGAGAUCUCCAGGUGCUCUGGCAGGACGACAGAAACACAUUUCAUCAUUACCUGGCCUUCCUGGGAGACUUUCUCAGAGCAGUCAGAGGCACAGAGCAAGGCCUGAAGUGCAGUAAGGAAGUGGACGGCGCCCUCCUGAGGCUGUAUGUAGAACCGGGAGACACUGAGAAUCUACUGCAGCUUGUGGAUUCUCCUAAUGAGUGCAGCCUGAACCAGUGUGUUCCUGUUCUGGAGCAACACAACAGAUUUUUUGCAUUAGGUUUACUCUACAAGAGCCAUGGAUUGCAAAAUGAUGCACUAAAGACUUGGGUGAAGAUUACAGAUGGCUUCCACCAAGACCCUUCCUGCUCAGAUGUGUAUGGACACAUAGUGAGGACUCUCAGUCAGCUGGAAGACAAAGAGACUGUGUGGGCAUUUGCAGACUGGACUCUGCAACGAAACCAGGAGAUAGGUGUGCAGAUUUUCACCAAGCGUCCUCCGGAUGAUCAAUUUGAGACACAAAAUGUCCUCACCUUCUUGGAGAAGUAUCCCCUGGCAUUGCUUUUGUAUCUUGAGUUUUUAAUACAUGAUUUGAAUAGUGAGGAGGAGAGCUAUCACAACCGUCUGGCCGUGGCAUAUGUUAAUCAGACGCUGCAAGAGGAAGAGGAAACAAAGUCAGAUGCGAGGGAGACCAGAGGGAAGCUGCAGCAGAUGCUAUGGGAUUCCGAAUUCUAUGACAUCUCCACUGUGUAUGACAGAGUGAAGUCAACAACCCUACACCCGGAGAAAGCCGUUCUCCUCGGCAGGGCUGGUGAACACUCCACAGCACUGCAGCUGCUUGUUCAUCAGGAGAAAGACCUCCAGGCUGCAGAGGCCUUCUGCUGCAGGGCGGCUCAAGGCCGAGGCUCACACUUCAGACAGGUCCUGCUGCUGAACCUGCUCCAGAUCUACCUGAGCUCUGAGGCUCUCACAGGUGCUGCUGUGGAUCUGCUCAACAACCACCCUCAGCUGUUUGCAUUAGAGAAAGUGAUCCAGCUGCUUCCUGAAUCCUGGUCUGUUCAGCUGGUCUCCCCGUUCAUAGUUGGAUCUCUGAGGAAAACCUUCCACCAGAGGCAGAUGGCAAGGGUGCAAAAGGCUUUGGCCCAGGCCGAGCUCUUAAGGCUCAAGGUCAUGUGGAUGCAGGCUUCACAAACAAAGUUCAGAGUGGAAAAGGAGCAGAAGUGCAGUGUUUGUCAGAGAAACCUUGCAGCUCCACAGUUCGCCCGUAACAUGCAAGGUGAGCUGAUGCACACAAGCUGCACUGGCUACUCUGCAUCGUAAAGACAUUGAUACACCGGUCUAUUUCCUGUUUUUGCACUAUAUGUCUCUGCACUGUUGAGAAUCAUUUUUACUGAAUAAGUAUCUGCUUUCUACCUGAUCAUUUUUCUAGAUUAGACUGUGCCAUCGAUGUAAACUCUGUACAAGGAUUCAGUUCAUGGACCUUGGAACACACACAUUCUCUAAUUAGAUAAAAUAGAAUAGAUUGUGUAAAUAACUGGUUUGAAAAUGCAAAAGAGCAAGCAGUGCACUUUUUCAAGGCGGCACCUCUGAGCCAUUUCCUUGAGAGACUGUAGACAGCAAUAGCUAUAAAGUGAACUGUGGAGGACACUCAUGCGUAUAUAUUCACUGAUCAGACGGUGGUGUUCUGCUUGGAAACCACGUGUGGUCAACCUGACGACCAGAGAGAAUUUGACCAUCUUCCAAUGCUGUAUAUAUACAUCCCUGCCAUCAUGGUUUCCACUGUGUAUAUUUGUCUGCAUAAAGCAGGAAAUAGAAAGUCAACAACUGGACGUGAGACACUUUUAUUUUGAGCCCAUGCAUUAAUAUACAUUUAUGACCACCCAAUAUAAAAAUCACAAUUACAGGUUUAAAAUGAAAUGCAAACAAGUCGAGGAAGUGCAGAGUUGUGGGUCUUUUAUUUCAUAAACUAAUUUUACAAGCAACCACAUGACAUGUUGGUGCUGUGUAUGGAAUAUGAAAUCAGCGGCUAUUUUACCAACAUCAACCCUGUAUCAUUAGGAGGCAUCAUAGAUGUGGAUCCCAAAUAAUAACACACAAACUCCACUGUGUCCACAUGUACACUGUGGAAUCUUAUGAAUAAACUCAAACACAUAUUAUUAAGUCAGAUGACACAGUGAUGUAUUUGUCUAUUUCUGCUGUAAUUUUGUCAUUAAGGCUAACCAUAACUGUUCCUUUAUCCUGAUGCAUUUUGAGACAAGAGCUAAGGAGACGCCUAAAGGAGCUGGAACGACAACUUGUACAUUUGGCCAGACUGCUUGUAAGGAUUUUGGCUGGGGGUGACUCACUAAUUGCAAUGUAGAUAAAUAUUGAAUAAAUAUGUUGGAAGGGAUUAGGCCUA